UUUUUUGAGAAAAAUAAUUAUUUUUUACUGGUUGUAUAAUUAGAACGUUUACGGUGAGAGCAAGUGGUACUCAUGGUGAUAUGGCCGGUGUCGUUGUGAGAGCUCGAUUGUCCAGCAAAUGCUUGUUGUGUGUGCGAGGUCUGAGUGAAUGGAGCGCUCCCAUUGGUCGACCAGCUCCAGUGGGUAGCACACCCUCAAUACCAUUCUGUGUGCACAGGAGCAAAUACAAGAAUCUUCCCGUGUACACUGACUACAAGAGUGGGCGGAGUCAAGUCCUCACAAGGGUCACAAAGGUCGACGGUGAUGUCAUGGUGUUGGAGAGAAUGCUGCGUCAGCAUCUUGGAGUGGAUGGUCUAAGGAGUAGAGCUGAUGAGAUCACAGGCAGUGUAACGCUCAUUGGUAACCAUAGAGACCAGGUUAUCAAGUGGCUCAAGAACUUGGGAUUCUAAUAAACGCAAUAAAUCAUAUUCACUUUCAAUUGUUGUCAUGACGAUCAGUUGUUUAUUGACACUAAUAAUAAUAAUACAAAAAAACAAUGUUAAUAAUGAACAA